AUGUCUACACCAACAAAACCCUCGGAAAGCCUCAAUAGGAGUCCUCCUCCAGAAUCGCCAACGACUGUAGCGCCGUUUGAUAUGGACGACGACGAUGUACAAGAAGGUAUUACCAGUGGUGAUGUACCGGCAUCGAAUAAGAUCGCAGAUGAGCAACCUCCGCAAAAGCCUCCGCGCCCUUUGAGCCCCCAACAGCAAGCAGAAAAUACUUUGAAAGAAGCCUUCCCAAGCAUUGAUGCAGCGGUCGUCAAAGCAGUUUUGAUUGCUAGUGGAGGUCGCGUUGAACCUGCUUUCAAUGCUCUCUUAGGCAUGUCAGAUCCAAGUGCCGCUAUCGAAGUUCCUCCUCCGCAACCCCCACGUCCACAAGCGCAAAGAGUAGGCUCUACUCCACGAUCACAACUCGAAUCCGAUGAACAAUAUGCACGUCAGCUUGCAGAGCACUAUGAAGGAUCAUCAUCGUAUGGACCGCAUGCACCUAGAGGUGGUUCCAGGGCUGCAUAUCCCCAGGGUCGGAAACAAAUGGGCUUGAAGCCAAAUGAAAUGUAUGAAGAGGAGGAGGAACGCAGUUUCCUCGACGACGAUCUCCCGGUCAUCAAGGAAAAUCUCAGAAAGGGUUUCCUUGAGACACAGAGUAAGGUCAACAGUUGGAUUACCAAUUUGAAGAAGAAACUCGAUGGAGACGACACAGAUGAGGAAUCUUCCACUCAGGGAUACAAUUCUAAUCAACACACACAAUAUCGUUCUCGAAGAAGCGGAGAAGGCAGGCAGAGUGGAGAUUACAACCGAUAUGAUGCCGAUCCCCAGGUUCUCGGCGAUGAUUUCGCUGGGAUCCAGCUUAACGUGGAUGGCAGUAGACAUGAAGGUAGUGACUCUCGUGCAAGUCAUUCUGCAAAUACAUACCACUCACCUGCGCCUGCAGCCCGUCGAUCCACACGCCCACUUGCAAACCCUGACCUGUUCAAACCAGCCACUACUGCUCCAAAACCUGAAGGCCGAAAGGUAUCAUUCCAAAAUGCUACAGUGGAAGAUGACAUGUAUCGCACUUCACCAAAGCUUGGCGGAAAAGAAAACGCUCCAUCUACCAAACAGAGUAAAUGGCAACCGUUGAGUACCAUGGAGCCAAGUCCGAUUGGUGACGCCGAUAACGACCAUGAUCCAUUCAGCCUUGGAGAUAGCGAGGACGAAAAGGAAUCUAAAGACCGAGUUGGUGGUAAAGAAAUUCGUACCGAUGAUGCGGAAAGGCUCAAGAAAGCAGCCGCCGAAGCAAUGUCCGAAAAUAUCGGGGAGCCGGCGAAGAAGCCUGAACCAGCUGAGACGUCUGGUACCAAGGACAAAGUCGCAGCGGAGCUGGCUACCAAGUCUUGA